CAGACUUAUAUUUUCUUCCAUUGACUUAUUUAAAGAAGGUAAGAGUUCGUCAAACUUCACUUCUCAUUUUUCUCUCCUAUGGAUGAUCCCGUUGCCAGAAGGCUGGUUAAGCCCCAUACCGAAUCAGAGUCCGGCACACCUGGAGAAGAUGAUCGGACCGAAACAUCAAUCCAACAACAGAGUCAUGUAACUGUUCUAACAGAAGAAUAUAUUCGGGGGAUGAUGGAAAGGGAUAUUCAAAAGGUUUCCGACAUUUGCUUCAUCUCCGAAGCUGAUGCCACACUUCUGCUACCAAAAUUUCGCCGGAGUGUUAGUAGAUUCCAUACGGAAUGGUUUGAUGAUGCUAAAAGUGUUAGAAAAAGCGUUGGCUUAUUGGAGAGACCACUUGAUCAACCUUCUGAUGACAAAGAAUUCUUUUGCGGAGUCUGUUCCAAAUUUCACCCACUUGAGAAGUCUGCAUCGGUUUCUUGUGGCCAUCGUGUAUGCACUUGCUGCUGGACAAGGCAUAUCAGCAAUAUCAUCAACGAAGCUCCAGCUACUGAAUGGGAUUGGAGACUAAAAUGUCCUUACUCUUGUCCAGCUUCUGUUGGUCGAGAUAUGAUCGACAGGUUUGCUUCCGAGGAAGAUAAGUCAAAGUACGAUCGAUAUCUACUUAAAUCCUACGUUGAAGACAGCAAAACGAUGAUAUUGUGUCCUCGUGUUGCCUCGGGCCGUAGCUGCGCAAUUGAUGUUAGUCCUGCCGAUUCUGGAAAAUCCGCUGUCUACUGUGUCUGCUUGCUUAGCUUCUGUUGGAAUUGCAGCAAGGACGUUCACAGUCCUGUUGACUGUAAAUCAGCUGCAAAAUGGUUAGCAAUGAACAGCUCCGAGUUUCAAGACCCGAACUGGAUUCUGGCCAAUACAGUGUCUUGUCCUAAGUGUAAGCGAAGGAUCGAAGAAGGUCAAGAUUUUUCACUCAAGAUGCAAUGCUUACCACCUUGUAAUUACGAUUUCUGCUGGCUCUGCCGUAGCGACUGGAGUGAACAUGGGGAAGGAGCUUGUGACAUUGAUGCUGUCUCGUAUGAAGAGGCUGAUCAACAGUGGAAAACGGCAGAACUUGCUGCAGAUAGAUACGCAGAUUAUUAUGAAAAUUGGAAGAGUAAUGAAUUGUUAAUGGAAAAGGCAAAAGCAGCCCUCCAGCAAUCACACGCUGAACUUAUUCCGAAUCUAAGUAACACACAGUUAGCAACUGUACCGCAGCUUCAGUUCAUUGCAGAAGCUUGGUAUCAGAUCAUGGAAUGUAGAAGGGUCCUGAAAUGGACUUAUGCUUAUGGAUAUUACCUAAGAGAGGACGAGGUCGAAAAGCAAGAUUUCUUGAAGCAUAAGCAAGUGGAUGGGGAGAUUCCUUUGGAAAAACUCUUUUACUAUGCACAACAUGAACUGCAGAAGUUUCUUGACGCCGAGGGGAUAUCAGAAGAUUUUGCUCAAUUCAAAUUCACAUUAACUAGACUAACUAGCAUAACGCGAAAUCACUACGAGAGACUGGUGAGGGAACUUGAGGAUGGGUUGACUAAUGUUGUCCCUGCUUCGAGGCCUCAAAGAGCAUGUAGCGAGGAUCAUGCUAGUGGUUCGCCGUAAUCAAUGACGAUUAGUCGCGGCUAAUUGUUGAUUAUUCAAAUAAAAAAUUAUUUAAUUUGAUGAUUGCGGAUUUCGGCUUAAUUGUCACAUGACGAGGCUGUUAAAACUUGAUUAUGAUAAACUCGUCUGUACACACACUACAUCUUUUUAGUGUUUGCAUUCUCUAAAUAUAAUCUUUUUAGUGUUUGCAUUCUCUAAAUAUAAUAUUUUUAGUGUUUUCAUAAUAAGUGUCAUUUAGAGAAAAUGUAUCUACAUUAUAACUGAAUGUAUCUGGAUGUAUUUUAAGUUUAAUAUAUCUAAAUAUAUUGCAGAUACAUUUUC